UUAGCGGCAUUUCAUGCAUGACGGAGUUUAAAGUACGGCGCUAGGACACCAACAUCGCGGUGGUCCUGCAAUGAAGGUAUCGUUGCCCCGUAUGGUUCCAAAGAAGGGAAUCCCCAAUCACGAUGACUUCGUAGUAUAAGAUGGUUGACCGUCCGCGGCCGAUUGGGAUGCUCUCCAAGCCAGAAAGCAUCACAUCCUUCUCAACCACAGCACCACAUCACGACGAACAUCACCAUGUCUCCCCCAGCAAGCCUGCCCGUCCGCCGCCUGGGAGAGUCCGGUCCCGAGGUCCCUGCUCUCGGCGUGGGCCUGAUGGGCCUCAGCGUCUCCUACGGCGCCCCAGGGCCCGAUGAGGAACGCCUUGCCUUUCUUGACCGCGCGUGGGAGCUCGGCGCGACCAGCUGGGACACGGCCGACUGCUACGGCGACAACGAAGAGCUCAUCGGCAAGUGGUUCGCGCUGCACCCGGAGCGCCGCGGCGACAUCUUCCUGGCGACCAAGCUCGCCAUACGCUCCACGGUGGACGACGGCGACCACCGCGUCUGGGUCGACACUUCGCCGGGUUACUGCCGCGAAGCGUGUGAGCUUAGCUUGAAGAAGCUGGGCGUGGAGAGCAUCGACUUGUACUACAUCCACCGCCUGGACGACAAGACCCCGGUCGAGAAGACGAUCGAGGAGAUGGUCAGGCUGAAGAGCGAGGGCAAGAUCAAGCACUUUGGCAUCUCCGAGUGCUCCUCCGCGGCCCUCCGCCGGGCCCACGCCGUACACCCCAUCGCGGCCGUCCAGGUCGAGUACAACCCGUGGUCCCUCGAGAUCGAGGGCGCCGCCGGCACGGACCUCUUGCGGACCUGCCGCGAGCUCGGGGUCGCCGUCUUUGCGCACUCGCCGCUCGGCCGCGGCAUCAUGACGGGGCGGUUCAAGUCGGUCGACGACUUCGACGCGUCCGACUACCGCCGGACCUUGCCGCGGUUCGCAGGCGACAACUUCCGCAGGAACAUGGAGCUCGUGGACCAGUUCGCCGCCAUCGCCAGGGACAGGCACGGGUGCUCGGCGGGGCAGCUGACGCUGGCCUGGCUUCUGGCGCAGGGCGACGACGUGAUCCCGAUCCCGGGAACGAAGAGGGCCGAGUACCUGGAGGAGAACCUUGGGGCGUUGAAGGUCGAGCUGGGGAAGGAGGGGGAGGAGGAGUUGAGGGCGCUGGUCGAGCAGGCGGACGUGCAGGGCGAUAGAGGCGUGGUGUACGGGAACUACACCGAUUCGCUGGCGUUGAAGGUGUCGGGCUGAAGGAGAUGGCUGUUGGGAAUACAUACUCUACAUACCAGGACUGGUGGUUGGGCGCAGGAGGGGAAGCUCGGAACGGCGCUGCCGAACCCCGGCCUUGGUUUCCGAGGUCCCGGGGCCCGCGGGCGGGGGCUUUGGAGAAUUGUAUCUAUCUGAUUUGCCUAAAUAUUGCACGGGGAUGCGGGGGUUGUGUAGCAAUCAGAUUUCCUAGUCCAGGAAAGUCUCCUCGGCCAAGAGGGCCGAUACUCGGAGAUCGGAGUGGGGCCCCGCCGCGAUAAGCUGCCGGAACGUGUGCGGAGACAGGCUGGGUGCUGUGGACAAU